AUGAGGCGCUCUUUCACCGCACUCCACAGAAGACCCCUUCCAGUACCCACUCCCCAGCGUCUACCACAAAUCGAACCUGUUGACGAGGAGAUUUGUCCCGGCUACAAUUCAAAGAAAUUCUAUCCAGCAAAACCUGAGAUGGUGCUCGAUGAUCACUAUCAAAUCCUUGUAACGGUUGGAUGGGGGGUCUCAUCUACCACAUGGUUUGCUCGUGACAUGCAAGGCCGUCGUAGAUACCGAUGGGAACCUGAGUGUGUAGUGGCACUGAAGAUUACCAAUACUGACUCCCAGACGGGUGCGAGAGAGCGCGAUAUUGAGGACCCUAUUGCUAAAGCAGACCCUUCUCACCGCGGCCGUGCUCUUUUUCGAACAUAUCUGAAUUCAUUCGAAAUUUGCAGCCCAGAAGGGGAACGACGCCUAUGUUUCGCCUAUGAGCCAAUGAAGAGAACCUUUAUGGAUUUUCCAGAGACGUUUUAA